CAUGUGGAAGACCUGUAAUUUCUUCUUGUCUGCGUGUAACAGAGGCAUUGACAUGGCCAGCUUGUCGUUUCACUACCGCAUGCCUGCAUGACACGUUUGAGCAGUGCCAAUCUGGCAACGCAAGAACAGCCACUCCAUGUUUCGCUCGAACCGUGCUAAGAAUAGGCGCGCCGGGGGGCAGUAUUUGUACGCGGCGGGGCCACCCCGGGGAGUCCCCGCAAGCUAGCCGAGCUCCUUGGGAUCCGUGUGCCCAGGCCUCGCCCUCUCGCGGCGGUGCUCCCUCUUCGUUCGUCCCCCAGCGACGCAGGCCGGCGGACAUGAAGGGGAGCGGUGCCAUGAAGCCGUCGUCCAUGUUCUACGUCCACGAGGCGGACGUCGUCCAGAUCCACCACUUCCUCGAGGAGUGCUCCCUCUGCGCCAAGUCGCUCUCCGGCGACAUCUUCAUGUACAGAGGUGACACGCCGUUCUGCAGCGAGGAGUGCAGGCAGCAGCAGAUCGAGGUGGACAGGGCGAAGCACCGGCGGAAGAAGCGCGCGGCGGCGCACGCGCUGUCCUCGCGCAGCAGGGAGCACAGGCAGCACCACCACCACCCUCACCACCACCACCAUCACCACCACCAGCAACCGCAGCCGCGGAAGGCCGGCAUGGACACCAACCCCUGGGUCGACGGCGGGUUCCCGAGGGCGCCCGCGCUGCGCGUCUGAAGAACACGAUCGCGCCGCGCCGCGCCGCGCGGGGCCAUUCGUUUUCCGCGAGCUCUGCGAGCAUCACGAGACGGUUUUAGGGAUCGGUUGCACUGGUAGUACACGGCCGAGCGAUUGGCUCGGUUUCUUUUUGCUACUACUUCUACUACGUAGUAUAUCCUCCGAGGCUAGAACUGAACUGUAGAGCCAUGGCCACUGGAUCAGAUGAUUCGUGUGGCGUCUCCUCCACUCCUUUUGGCCUCGGAUUUUGGCUGUAGUUCUUGCUUUCGUGGAAUGGAAUACGUACGGUACGGUUUCUCCUCUACCAGACUAGUAACUUCAUACUCUGGAUGUACGCUGCAUGUAUAGCCUUCUGUCAUAGGAGGCGGCAGCACAAAACUGUAAAAGAUACGAGACAGAACCUAGUGAAAAAUACGAACCGAACGGAAGAGUGUUAGCUCGCAA